GGGGCGUGCCUGGAAGUUCGGCCCGCCUUCCCCUUAAGAACUUGGUGCCUUCCAGUUGGCCGUGAUCUGCAGUGGCUUGACGCCAAUUGGCUGGCCGCUGUCCGCUGCCUCGACGGGUGCUUAUUCUUAGAGAGCUUUAACCCGUCCGCGGUGCGGAGAGCGGUGAGCGUUAAGUCCCUCCCGGAGGCUUCAGGGCUCCACGCCACCGGUCGCGCCUUCUCAGGGGAACAAAGGCAAAUGGAAGGCCUGCCUGAUGCUGCCGCUUUUGCAACUAAACUUAAAAACACUCUCAUCCAGUACCAUAGCAUUGAAGAUGACCUGUGGCGAGUUGCCAAGAAAACGAGAGAUGUCACCAUUUGGAGAAAACCUUCAGAAGAAUUUAAUGGAUAUCUUUUCAAAGCCCAAGGUGUUAUAGAUGAUGUUGUCAAUAGUGUAAUGGACCACAUAUGCCCAGGUCCCUGUCGCUUGGAUUGGGACAGCUUAAUGACUUCAUUGGACAUUUUGGAGCACUUUGAAGAGAAUUGCUGUGUGAUGCGUUACACUACUGCUGGUCAGCUUUGGAAUAUAAUUUCCCCACGAGAGUUUGUUGAUUUCUCCUACACUGUGGACUAUCAAGGAGGGCUUUUAUCCUGUGGGAGAAGUCUUGAAUGGAGUGAAAAGAGACCAGAAUUUGUCCGCGGAUAUAACCAUCCCUGUGGUUGGUUUUGUGUUCCACUGAAAGACAGUGCACACCAGAGUCUUUUGACAGGCUACAUUCAGACGGAUCUGCGUGGGAUGAUCCCUCAGUCUGCAGUAGACACAGCCAUGGCGAGCACGUUAAUCAACUUCUAUGGUGACUUGCGAAAAGCCUUAUGAAAGGCAUGAUCCGUUCAAUCUUCUGGCACAAUGGUUCCCUGAAUCAGCUUUUUCUCUCAGCUCCAUGGCCUGUAUAAAACAUCACCCUUUCCUCUCUUCUUUACAGCCUGUAGAAAAAUUUGAGAUGUUUUGGGCUAUUUUAUUCUUAAAGUAAAUACCUAUCAAAGAGAGGGCAUUUUAGUUUUCUUAUAGUUCUUUGCACAUUGUUUGGUGUCAAGAGUGUCUAGGAGUGGAGGGAGAGUAUGACAGAAAUCCACCAACAAGUAGAUAAGAGUUCUUUGACCCAAACUCUGAAGAAGUUGAAUAGUGCCUCAGUAUGAAUUCUUUUGGCUGCUUGGAAAUUAGAGAAAGCACAAGCUUCAUGCUGUUAGGUUUAAAAUAAUCUAUUUUAGAGCUUUAUGAACAUUUUGUAAAAGUUAAUUUUUUUCAAUAGUUAAAUAUUAGUGCUUUACUUUUGGUAUGCUGUAUGAGUUUGCAUACAUCUUGGACUAAAGAAAAAAUUCUCUAUAUUUUAUAAAAAUGAACUUCAUUGUUAAUUGACUUGCACUACUUUAAGUAUUGAAAAGAUAAAUAUGAAAAGGAUAGAUGUUAUAGUAACUAUAGGUUCAAAUCAAAUGCAAUUCAAUUUUAAUACCUAGGUAGCAUUAUUUUGUGGAUAUCUUUAAAAAUAUAGUUGUAUUUUUAUGUGCAUUUAUUCUGGGAGUCUUAAAACAUUUAUGCAUGAAUAAAACAGUACAAAAAACUGCCAAAUAUAUGCUGGGGACACCAUAUUGACCAGGCAAUAGUGUGGGUUGUGUAAAGUGGCUGGUGGUAUCCUGUAUUUAGCAACAAGGAAUCAUUUCUCUAAAAACAGUGGUCCCCAACCAUUUUGGCACCAGGGACUGCUUUUGUGGAAGAUCGGGGGAUGGGGGAACUCAGGUGGGGGCAUGGAGCUCAGGUGAGCUUUGCUUCCUCACUAGCAGCUGUAGAUGGGGUGGGGUGGAGACAGGAGGCAGAGCUUCAUUUGCAGCUGAGUUCCUUGGGGACGCCUGCUGUAGAAGGUCAAAUUCAGUGAAUGUUUUGUAUGUGUUUCACUUUUAAAAGUAUUACUCAGCCCAUAGAGUAUUACUAACUACUUCAUAAACAUUCACAAUUGUGACAUAACUUUUGUCUGGAACUGUAACAAAUGGAUUCAGAGAUUUAUCCAAAUGCCUAGAUGAGUCAUUUUAUAACGAGAAUGGACUGUAACAGGUCCCCCGAUUCUAUGGUUGCCUUAGCUGAACAUUCCUAAAUGAUUUUAGCAUUCUAAAUCACUCUGGCUUUUGAACUAUCCACUAGUUUACUUCUAAAAUGAGGAUUUGAGGCAUCCUGAAGUGCCUGGGCACAUUUUUGUGUGUGUUUGUUUUGUACAUGCAACGUCUUGGAAUCUGUUUCAUUGUUCAGUAUGAGUUCUUUCUGUGUUAUUAUUACUGUUUCAUUUCCCUUUUAUUUUCUGUUUUUGUUUAGUGUGGGGUAAAAUGAAAUCUGGAGAUAUGAGCCAGAUGGGCCAAAAGAAGCGCACGAGCACAUUAGUGGUUCAAGCGCAUGAAGAUCUGAUCUGUGUUUUACGUUGCAUUCUCCUGAGUGUGAAGAGAGCAUAGUCAUUGUUCCUCAGACCCAUUUUGAUAAAAUGGAAAAAGUAGAGCUGGGUUUUGUCUUUAUUUUUAUUUUUUGCUAUUAGCAAUGAUGUUAAAAAAACAACAGCAACAAAAGGUUGCAGCACUACAAUAUCCACAGUGAAUAAUUUCACAGUUUUUAUUAGCACCAUGCUCUAACCAACUGGGCUAACCAGCUGGCUUAAGCUUUUAGGUUGAAAAUAAUUUGUUUUAAGAUCUGACAGAAACAAUGUAUAAAUGAUCCUAUUUUCUUAACUUGAAAUUUAUUAAUAAAUAAUUGUUUCUAAGUUGACAGCAAUUUUGAGUUGCUAGAUUUCUCUCCCACUUUUUUCAUUUUGUAAUAGGAAAAGAGCACUCAGCAAUUUAGUUUCAGUUUCCCAUGGAAAUUGUUGAAAGUUAAUUUCGACUUGAUCUAUUUUUUUUUCAUUUGGUUUCACUAGUGUAGAGUAGGAAGUUUCUUGUAUUCCAGUAUUCUGUCUAAGACGGCAAAGUACCAACAGAUGUUUGGUCUUAAGGUUCCCAGGUUGGGUAAAGGGGUUUGCAGCAGUGUUGUGCAUAAGGGCUAUUAUUGCUUGCCUUGGGUGCCCCGAACACAAGUGAACUGUCCCCUUCAGUCACCCUAAUGUUCCUUUUGUCCUUUUCAACUUAUUCUUCUAAUUAGUGAUUAUUGCAUAAUCCUCUGUUUACAGUGGACCUAUUACAGGUGAAAGGAUACUCACAGGAAAAUUUUUCACUACAAUAUGGAGUCAUAUGGAUUGAGACAUUAUAUUUAAGCUACCUGAAGUUUCUAUGCAGCUUCUACAUGGCACUUUGGAUCUGCUGGGCCCUAGCUGUGUACUUAAAAAUGAACAGCUUUAUUGAGGUGUAAUUUACAUGCUACACAACUUACCAGUUGUCGGUAUACAAUCCAGUGAUUUCUGCAUACCUCAUGGUUGUGCAGCCAUCAGCACAAUCCAGUUUUAGAACAUUUUCAUCUCCCAAAAGAUCCGCUGCCUGUUGGCAGACUUAUACCUAACUAAAGGCUAGCACAAUUCCCAGUACACAGAGGAUGAUGACAAAGACUGGAGGAGGUUCUGUCAGGGUUUGUUUUUAAGGGGAGAGGUGUACUUGAAUCUAAGCUCAGGAACCUUGUGUUAAUAUAUUAAAGUAUGUUAUCUCAAGUGCCAUAAUGAUACAAAAAUUGAACAAUGUGGGUUGGGAUUAAUGAGUCUGCUGUUUCUAUGGCAGUGCUGUUGAAUAAAAAACUAAUGUGAAGCAAUAUGUCAUUUUAAAUUUUUUAGCAGCAACAUUAAAAACAAAAAAUGGCUGAAAUUAAUUUUAAUAAUAUAGUUCAUUUAACUCAGUAGAUCUAAAAUAUUAUCACUCAACAUUAGCCAAUAUUUAAAAUCAUUAAAAUACCUUACAUUCUUCUUUUGUACCAGUUACUUGAAAUCUGGUGUGUACUUCACUAAUUUGGACUAGUCUCAUUUUAAGUGCUCAUUGUCCACAUGAGGCCAGUGUCCUAUAUGGAACAACACAGCUCUAAUGUGUGUAUAUAUAUACCUACAUACUUAUAUAAAAAUUUGUUAUUCCAUAGUAGGAAGUAGAGAAUUUCAUGAAAUUACUCUUAAAUACAAAAUCUCUGAUUUCUGAACCUUCAAGGCUUGCUAAAUGGGGACUUCUGAACAUUAGAAAUAAAUCAGUUAGUUGUUGUCAAUAAAAUACAAAUUAUAGCUCCCCCCAACUUUCUUUAAAGAUAACUUUUCACAGGGCGAUUAACAAAAGAAUAUAAUCUGCCUUAUGUGGUUGAUUAUUUUUCUCUAGCUGAUGGCUAGUUUGUAUUAGAAACAUGUAUGCAGGAAUACUUGGCAUAGUACUGCUUUUAGUACAUAGUACCUAUUUUACAUUUAAGGAAAUUAAUUUCAUACAAGAAAAAUAAUUUAUCCUAAGUGAUACUUUUGCAUGAGAUAUUAUAUUGAUAGCUAUUAACUGUUCAAGUUUGACACAAUAAUGAGGAAAAAUAAUUGUGAGAAUUUAGUGUUCUGCAGUUAUGUGUGAUAGAAACUUGUACAGUGUUAAAGAGAUCAUGAAUGUUAAAAAUCUCUGCAUUUCACUGUUCAUUGUGGUUGGAUAUAUUUGAAAUUAUAGAUUUCUAUAUCUAAAAUGACCUCCCAGUAAAAAAAAGCUUUUAGAUAUGAGUAAUUCCCUUUGAUAUAGGUAAAAGUUUUACCUGUCUACUCAAGAACACACUAGCAUUCUUAAAAUAUGUUAAAAUUCAGUGUCUUUUAAUUUAGUGGGUGCUGUAGCUAUACCAGCCCUGUGGAUAAAUUAGCAGAACCUAGAGAGGUUAGAGAAUUGGCCAGAUUUCUGUUCGGCCCUGUGCUGUGUAAUUGCGUGUCUGAUGUAUCUCCCAUGUCUUUCUUACUUAACUUCUAGAGCCAGGGGAUGGCAGGAUCUGAGCGUGGGAGAAACACUAGAUUAAUCCCAGAGUACAGGAAAUUGACAUUAUCAUUUCUUCAUUAUUUUGUUGUUUCCAAAGGUUUUUACAUAUAUAAUUAAAUAAAAAUUCAUAUCUUGCAAUUCAAUUAAAGCUAAUAUAGAUUUUAUUUUUAAGAUAUUUGUAGUUCCUUUGUGAGCUGGUCUGUAAAACUAGAACCUUUAUUAAACUAAGAGCAUGUGUUAAUAUAAAUAAAAGGUGUAUAUGUUUUUUAAUUGCUAUGAAAUAUAUCAGAAUAAAAUUUCUAGAUUCUUGUAAUUUAUCCUUGAUACUAUCUAUAUAAGUUGCUUUAACCUUAUUGACAAAUAAUUUCAUAUAUCUGAACUUAAAGUAUACAAUUUAACUUCCUGAACUCUUCCAAAACUGUGCAUAUAAACUGGAAAAUAAAGAUUAAUAAUGAACACACUAA